CACUAUUUUAUACCUAGUAAUAUCGCCAGUUGAUUUUACUAUUAAUUACUUACUCGUACGUGUAUAUGUAUAUUAUACUUAGCUAUGUAUUAGUUUUUUUUUCAAGUAUUGUAGUCCUACUUAAACGACUCGUCAAUGGAGAAUAAAAAUGAAAAUACUUCGAAAAUCUACGGCACAAAAGCCACGGUGGCACAAAUUUUUGCUACUAUAGCGCAGGGCUUUCUAUUAAUUGGAUUGGGUAUGGAAAUAGGAAUGCCCACAGUUGUUAUACAACAAUUGUAUCAAAAUUCAGACAGUGAAUUCUCAUUAACAUUGACUGAAAUUUCAUGGUAUGGGAGUUUAUUAAAUAUAUUUCAUCCGGUCGGAAGUUUUGUUUCGGGAUUCCUGCAGGAAAGGUUUGGAAGGAAACGGUGCAUUAUUUUCGCCAACUUCCCCAGUAUUUUUGGAUGGAUUUUACUAUACUACACACACUCUGCGGUUUCACUUUACGCGUCAACCAUACUGAUGGGCUUGAGCAUAGGAUUCAGCGAAGCCCCGAUAUUGUCGUACGUCGGCGAAAUAACCGAACCUAGGCUCAGGGGAUCGAUGGCUUCAUUGACGUCUACAGCGCCUAUGUUGGGAGUAUCGUUUUUAUUCACUUUGGCGUAUUUUUUUGAAUGGCAAACCGUCGCAUUGCUGAGUACAUUUUGUCCAAUCACUAGUAUAUGCCUUGUCACGUUGAUUCCUGAGUCACCUAUAUGGUUGGUUGCUAAAGGAGAAUACGAAAAAGCCGAAAAAGCUUUGUGUUGGUUAAGAGGAUGGGUGAAACCUGAAGUGGUCAAAACAGAAUACCUGGAACUCGUCCGGUAUAAUGAAAUAUCUGGAACUCAACAGAUAACACCUGUUGCUAAUCAAAAAAAUCUAUUUUCAAAAUUAGCCCAAUUUAAGGACCCGUCAGUAUACAGACCUCUUAGACUAAUCAUAUUUUAUUUCCUUAUUUCUAUUAUCGUGAGCACUAUACCUUGGAGACCGUUUAUCAGUAAGAUAAUGACAGAAGUUGGUUUAUCGAAUAAUCAAAGUUUGUUACUGGUUGCUUUCGCUGUACUACAAAAUAUUGGAUGCGUGAUUGUAGUUUUGACCGUGCAUUGUCUAGGGAAAAGGUUUUUGACUAAUUUGACAUUUUCAAUCAACACAUUAUUGUUGUUUCUAUUCGGCAUUUACAUUAUAGCAAUAAAGAAUGGCUAUAUUUGCUCAACUCCCUGGAUUCCUAUAACUAUACUAUGCGGCGUUUACUUUUUUGGAGCUUCAGUUAUUAUUUUGCCAUGGAUGGCACUUAGCGAAGUUUUUCCGAACAAAAGUCGAGGAAUUGCCAUUGGCUUAUCUGCAGGAUUGUUAUAUUUACUAAUAUUCGUAUUAAGAAAAUCAUACUUAGCAGUAGAGGCCCUAUUAACCUUGGAAUACACAAUGGUUUUCUUUGGUUUUUUUGGCAUUUUUGGAUCACUCUACUUAUAUUUUUUUUUACCAGAAACAGAAAAUAAAACACUAUUAGAAAUCGAAGAAUUUUUUAAAUAACUAAUUAUAAUUUAAUUUUAAGACUAUAAGCUUUUAUGCAUCAAUUUUGUCAUAAACCAGUAAACCACCAAACUAUACUCCAUCUAUCAAUUUAAAGAUUAUUUUACUAUUUUGCUACCGUAUUACUAUACAAUAAAAUUCUAAGUUAUUAUUUUCAAAACUUUAAAAAUGAA